AGCAAAAGCUUCCUGGAGGAUUUCUUGACGUACUCUCAAUGCGUCGUCGCGGCUGUCGUCAACUUUGGGGGGAUUGUGGGUAACGUCAUCAACCUGGUCGUGUUUGCCAAGAUGGGCUUCCACGAGACGAUCAACAUCAGUUUGUUCAGCCUGGCCGCCUCCGAUCUGGGCUGCCUCGUUACGCUUCAGUGGACGUACUUGUGCUACAACCCGCUGUUCCGUGCCGCCGACCUCCCCUUCAACGCGGUCGUGGUGGAAUACAUAACCGGCGGGUGGCCCCAUGUUGGAUUCAGCCGUGUGGCCGGGAUGCUCACGGCUUACGCCACCUUCGAGAGAUGCCUCUGUGUCACCCUCCCCAUGGACGUCAAACGUCUGCUCACACCGAAGAAAACCGUGUGCGUCGUCGCCGCCAUCUUUGUUCUCGUCUUCGCCAGCAUCACUCCGGUGUUCACCGUCAACUUGUUGCUCCCGGAAUUUUAUCCACCUUUGAACAAGACUUGGGUUGGCAUAGUCUUCACCGGCAAUCGGGCCGAAGUUGAGCAGGUGCUGUUUUCUAUGACCAAUAUUUAUGGUUACAUGAGCUUCGUCCUCGUUGCUCUGUUCACGGUGGUACUAAUCAACCGACUCAUCGCUAAAACAAAAUGGCGCGAUGACGUCAUCUUCUCGCACACGAGAACCUCGACGGUGUCGAUGCGGGACAAAAAAGUUGCGAGGAUGAUGGCCACCGUCUCGUGUUUGUUCAUAACCUUGACCUUUCCCCUCACGGCUGUCUACUUGACCUCAGCGGUGAUGCCAGAUUUUGGACGAGGGGGAAUACUUGAGUCCGUAUUCCAGGUGUCUGUCGCGUCUGCCAUUUCCUUCGAGAUGAUCAACUCCAGCGUCAAUGUUCUCGUGUACCUGAAGAUGAGCUCAAGGUACAAGGAAGUUGUUGUGAAAUUGUUUUUACGA